CCUCUGGGUAGGUGAGGCUGUCGGCCGCCUCUCACUGCGCGGCUUUGACGGCUGCUGCUGCGGCGCCGGUCCCGCUGGGAUGGCUACCCUGGUUGUAAACAAGCCUGGAGCGGGACUUGACAGUGGCCGUCAGGGCAGCCGUGGGACGGCCGUGGUGAAGGUGCUGGAGUGUGGAGUUUGUGAAGAUGUCUUCUCUUUUCAAGGAGACAAAGUUCCUCGCCUUCUGCUGUGUGGCCACACAGUCUGUCAUGACUGUCUCACCCGCUUGCCUCUUCAUGGAAGAGCAAUCCGUUGCCCUUUUGAUCGACAAGUAACAGAUCUAGGAGAUUCAGGUGUUUGGGGAUUGAAAAAAAAUUUUGCUUUGUUGGAACUUUUGGAACGACUGCAGAAUGGACAUGUUGGUCAGUAUGGAGCUGCUGAAGAAUCCAUUGGGAUAUCUGGCAAGAGCAUCAUUCGUUGUGAUGAAGAUGAAGCCCAUGUGGCAUCUGUGUAUUGCACUGUAUGUGCAACCCACUUGUGUUCAGAAUGUUCCCAAGUUACUCAUUCUACAAAGACGUUAGUGAAGCACAGGCGAGUGCCUCUAGCUGAUAAACCUCAUGAGAAAACCAUGUGCUGUCAGCAUCAGGUGCAUGCCAUUGAGUUUGUUUGCUUGGAAGAAGGCUGUCAGACUAGCCCACUUAUGUGCUGUGUCUGCAAAGAAUAUGGAAAACACCAAGGUCACAAGCAUUCAGUAUUGGAACCAGAAGCUAACCAGAUCCGAGCAUCAAUUUUAGAUAUGGCUCACUGCAUACGGACCUUUACUGAGGAAAUCUCAGAUUAUUCCAGAAAAUUAGUUGGAAUUGUUCAGCACAUUGAAGGAGGAGAACAAAUAGUGGAAGAUGGAAUUGGAAUGGCCCACACAGAACAUGUGCCAGGUACUGCAGAGAAUGCCCGGUCAUGUGUCCGAGCUUAUUUUUCUGAUCUACAUGAAACUCUUUGUCGUCAGGAGGAAAUGGCUUUAAGUGUUGUUGAUGCUCAUGUUCGAGAGAAACUGAUUUGGCUGAGGCAGCAACAAGAAGAUAUGACUGUUUUGUUGUCCCAGGUUUCAGCAGCCUGUCUGCAUUGUGAAAAGACUUUGCAACAGGAUGAUUGUAGAGUUGUCUUGGCAAAACAAGAAAUUACAAGGUUACUGGAAACACUGCAAAAACAGCAGCAGCAAUUUACAGAGAUUGCAGAUCACAUUCAGUUAGAUGCCAGCAUCCCUGUCACUUUUACAAAGGACAAUAGAGUUCACAUUGGACCCAAAAUGGAAAUUCGAGUUGUUACAUUAGGAUUAGAUGGUGCUGGAAAAACUACUAUUUUGUUUAAGUUAAAACAGGAUGAGUUCAUGCAGCCUAUUCCAACAAUUGGUUUUAAUGUGGAAACUGUAGAAUACAAAAAUCUAAAGUUCACUAUUUGGGAUGUAGGUGGAAAACACAAAUUAAGACCAUUGUGGAAACAUUAUUACCUCAAUACCCAAGCUGUUGUGUUCGUUGUUGAUAGCAGUCACAGAGACAGAGUUAGUGAAGCACACAAUGAACUUGCAAAGUUGUUAACAGAAAAAGAACUCCGAGAUGCUUUGCUUCUGAUUUUUGCUAACAAACAGGAUGUUGCUGGAGCUCUGUCAGUAGACGAAAUCACUGAACUUUUCAGUCUCCAUAAAUUGUGCUGUGGCCGUAGCUGGUACAUUCAGGGCUGUGAUGCUCGAAGUGGUAUGGGACUGUACGAAGGGUUGGAUUGGCUUUCACGGCAGCUGGUGGCUGCUGGAGUAUUGGAUGUUGCUUGAUUUUAAAUUUGGCAGUUGUUUAAGGUUUUGUGGUUAAGAGUUACUUUGCACAUAAUAUGUUGUAAGAAAUUCUACAUGUUAAAGACAGUUAAUUUAGGAUGUAUAUCUAAAAGGCAUCCUGGACUACAAAUCCAGUACAACAUUGCUUUUAAAAAAUUGUGUAGCAAAAUUUAAAUAUCUGAGCAGAUUAGAUUGCAUUAAAUAGGAACUUUUUGAGAAUACAUUUUUUUAAAAACAUAAUUUGUUAAGUUUUCCAGAUGAUAUGUUACCCAUAUGUUGGGAAAGUAGUCACAGAGAAAGGGUAGGUGAAGGUUUAUUCUUUCAAUGAAAAAAGAAUACCCAACUGAGUGUCCAGAGGAACCUCAGUGUGAAGCAAGUGAAGCAUAGCUGCUGCUUUAACUUGGCCUUUUCACUGGAUUUUGGCAGUAUUUAGUAGCAAAAACAGCAGUGAUUUAAUUAAAUCCAAAUGCAUCUUUGGGUAAUAGGAUUACUUUUAGGUUCCAUAUAACAUACCUUUAAUGCUAAGAAGUAUAAGUUAUAGAAAUUAGUAUUUUAUAAAGUGUUUUAUUAAAACUUUCUCCUAAAGCCUUUUGUAUGAAACCAAUUCUGACCCAGUGAGUCAGAAUGAAAUGUUACCUAACAAGGGCCAUGACAUACUACUCAAAUGAAGAACUAACAAAACUGUGAAAGGCAGUUAUGUUCUAGUUGAUCUUCACUUAUGGAAAACCUAUUUUCAGGGCUGAACCUGGAUGUAUUAUUUCCUAGAUCAGAGCUCUAAAUUGGUCCUUCUGUUUUUCAGCAUAUUUAAAGCACUUCCUAGUAUUUGUUUUAAAAAUAAUAUUGACUCCAUGGGAAUGACUGUAGGUAGAAUGUAGUAAGUUACACAUCCCCGGGUUGACUUUACAUAUACAUAUAGAGGUCUAAGUAGAAAACUACUUUAAGAGAAGCCAUUUAAGCAGUGAAGUUAUUACAUCAAUUACUUCAAAAUGUUUUCCCAAGAAAGUACAUUUAUCUUAACAGUAAUCAAGGUUCUUUGUGACAGGCCUUGACGUUACUUGAGAGGACAUAUCUGAGUAAGGAAAUGUUUAAAAUUUACAUCACGUUUAUUAAGCAGUGUUGUGAGAAAAGUUUAAAAAUUCUGUGCUUUACUGUUUUUCAUUUUUUUAAGGACACUCCCUUAUUAUGGCAGUACAAUUAUAUUUAAAAAUAGCUAGAUUGGAUUUUAUGGAUUUUUUUUAGUGCUCUUUAUACUUUAGGAUGAAGUUGAAUCCUAAGUCUUAUUAGUUGAACUGCUAUUUGGACAUUGAUGUCUGAUGACAAGAUGUGAUUCUUAGGUGGCACUGUUUUGGUUUAGUCUCUUUAAAAAAUGUAUUUUUUGUUUGCUUUAAAAACAGUAAAACUUUUAGAAAAGAAAGCAUUAAAAAAAGUCCAUCAGUAUUAUAUGGGCAGUGUGUAAAUAAGUAAAUAUAUUUUGUCCUAUAUUUUCAAGUGAAAGGUCAUGCUGUAGGGUAGCUUGUGCAUAUAAGUACAUACUUCUGAAUUAAAUUAUUUAAUAUUUGACUGAUUGAAUGCAUUAACUGUGAAAAACAAAAGAGGUGUUACAUUUGCCUGUGAGCCCUUGAACUGUUUUCUCUACUAGGUAAUUGAAAAAAGUCUAACACUAACAUGUAAACUUGUUCUUCUUGUAAAUUAUUAUUUCACCAAUUUUGGUAAACUUUGUAAUUUGCAUUCUUAGCAUAUUACUAAACACAAUUUAGAAACUGUGCUUAGACCUAUAAUGUACAUAAUAGUAAUGUUUGUGAUUUUUUUUUUUUAAGAAGUCUUUUUCUCAGGCUCUUAUUACUAUUUGUGGUUAUGUUCUUUCACUAAUCAUUAGUUAAGAUUGUACUAGUUCCCUCUGGAAAAUGUCAAAUUUAAGAACGGGAGACAUUUUAAGUAUUACCUCCUAAGGUUUUCCACCUUGCUCUGAAUUUCUGUAUUAAACCUAAAUAUUAUUGUAUGGUUUAUGUAAAGCAGGUUUUUCAACUGUAUAGCCUGGUCUGUAAUUCUGGAAUGCUUUAUCAUCACCGAAAGCCAUUAUUUGCAUUAUGUAUAUGAUCAGUACAGACAGCAAUAAAAUGUUAAAACCAUU